UCUGUUGCUGACGACUCUGUGUGUGUGUGUGUGUGUGUGUGUGUGUGUGUGUGUGUGUGCAGGCAGAGCAGCUCUGUGACGUUGUAAAUUUGUGCUCAUCCAGGAACAGGAGUCCUUCAGCAGCAGCAGCAGCAGCAGUAGCAGCAUCCUGUAAGCAGGACAGAGGAGCAGUAUGUCAGUGAGCUCCGUGUAGGAAACGCAACUAUAGAGAUUGAAGAUGUCCUCCACUCCACUGGCCGAGGCAGAGGAGGAUGUGUUUGAUCUGACAGAGGCGGUUCCUGAGACCGAACGACUUGACAGCAGCCUGCAGAAAGCCAAAGCACAAUUGUCUAUCAAAACCAGGAGGCACCGCCCCUCUCGAACCCGCCUGAGAGACAGUUUGAGCUCCAUAGAUGGAGAUGAAAACAUCGAUCGAACGAGUUUUGGAGGUUCAAUGCAGACCUCCUGUUCUCCUCUCCACCCCUCCUUUCACUGCUCCUCUCCCUCCUCCGACCUCCUCCUCUACUCACCUUCCUCACAGAGAGAUCGAACCUUCACCUAUGACCCCUGCACUGAGGCUGGAGAUAGGGAGGUACACGAUGAGAGGCGGAGCUACAGGCACCUUGUGAACACCUCUUCUCAGGAGGCUCUGCCCCUCCCCCCAUCUAAAUCUCCCUCCAGACCCUGCAGCGUCCAUUCAGAGACAUCUUCCCCAGCGCACCAGACGCGUGAGGGGAGUCAGCCUCUCCUACACUAUGGAGAAUACUCACUGAGUGAAGAUGACAGUCACGACACGGGUCCCGAUGAACCGGACAGUCCAACAGUGCUGCUGGAUAAGAAAACCAGGAGACGAUUUCUUGAUCUGGGGGUCACUUUACGUCGCACAUAUGGGAAGGUCAGGAAAGACAGAUCAAACAGACUAUCAGCAGGAAAUCGGGAUUCGGAGAGAACAGAGAGCAGGUCCUCACGUUCUUCUGGUCCACCGUUUGUGCCUUUCUCCUGGUUCAGUGAAAAACUCAGAGGCUCUGGCUCCCCCAAGAACACACCAUCUCCAACCAAACCUUUCACACAGGGCUCCAGCACUGAUGAGGACUUUGAUUCUUCAGUGGGUUUACUGGAGGACUGCAAGACUGAGUCAUCACAACCAUAUCAGACCCUCCCUGAGCACUCUGAUGGGAAUGACUGUGACAGCAGUCGCAGCACAGAUUUCAGUUUUAAAAAGAAGAUGCUUUCUGCAGCUGGUAAAGACAGAGAUAAGACAGACAGGCAGAAUGGUGUCCAUGGGAAACGGGAUAGUGGGAAAAAUGGACACCGUGAAGAUGGACAAAAAUUACUGACCACUUGAUGGCAUUUCUGAGAGACUGAAUACAAUACUCUGCUGCAGGUGCCAUUAUUACUGUUCAGCAUUUAGUUAGCUUUCACAAUGUAUUACUGAUGGACAUGUUAAUAAAGAUUACUUGCAAUUACACAUUUAUUGAAUAUGUUGUAGUUAUUGUACGUUCAUGAAAGCUGCCCAGUAUUACUCAGAAUAUGAAAGUUAUGAACAAACCAUCAGAAAAAUACUGUACACAUCCAAAAAAAAGAAAAAAAAAAA